GUGAUACAAGUUUUAACUAUUUUGUUUCAUUUUGUAAAUACAUUUAGUAGACCUCGAGAAAUAUGUUUCAUUUCUAUUUCCUUAUCAGCUUAGGUUGUGUUCUUUCCUUUCCGUUGGAAGAGUGUGACAUGAAGAAACUUCACUUAAGGUUUGUCGUGGACUGCCGAGAUGAUAUUGAAGAACAAAUGAGCAUAUUUAAUCAAACACAACAGUUUUUUAUUACUUAUAGAGGCUGGAGUAUCCCAGAAUUCACUUUAAUGACUUAUUCACAGGAAGGCAUCUAUCAGAUACAAAAUGUGACAGAUGUUGAGAAACUAAACAAUACAUGUCCUGACAAUAUUUCACAAGAGUUCAUUGGCAAUCAGUCACUGGCAUGGGAUGAGAAUGAAGAUAGGAGUGAGUCACAUUCAAACAUUAUUCGAAUAACUGUGAUGAUGCUUCCCUAUUUUAUAGAUUGUGAUAAACUGGAUAGAGCUUUAAAAAACUAUUUAAAAAUGAACAAAUAUUAUUUUUUCAUUAUAUUUAAAAAGCGUGCAAGCUCUUUUCUCCCAGACUGUUUCAUCAGAAAUUAUUUGCUGUAUUUAACAGCUUUUCGUGAAUUUAACAGCCAAGUAUUUUAUUCCAGACUAUGUCAAAGUGAAUGCGAACCACAAGCUGAUAGGUUUUGGAUUGGAAAAUUUCUAAUAUCGUCAUACGAUAAAUCAGAAAGUUCAACAAUGUCCAGCAAUGAUGCUCGCCAGUACUGUGCAGGGAAAAAGAAAGCCUAUUUGAUUUCUUUGGAAACUUAUGAGGAACUCGAAUUCAUUUUCAAAAAAUUUGGACAAAAAGGAUUUGCCUUACAUGUAGGACUCAGUGUAGAAACUGAAGGCACGCCACAGUGGGCAUCGUCGAACCCGUUCACAUUAAGAUACAAUUACUCUCCGAAAUAUUCGUAUGUAGAAAAGCGUAACAAAAUUAAGAAAAGUCAGUGGAAAAAAAAAUAUAAUCUACCAAAUCUUUAUGAUUUUAUGGGCGAUCCCGAUAUUUAUUUUAGGAUAAAGUAUAAUAAUUAUUAUGAAACGAUAUAUUAUGAUUAUGAAAUAGAAAAAAUACCGCAUCUAAAGAAAUGUUUUUUUAUAACUCACGUCAGUGACAAAAUUCUACACGCAAGCCUUAAUACCACUGGCGUUUUUCAUAUUAUUAAUGAAGAUUGUGAUAGAAAGAUCGAGAACUCACUGGCUUUAUGCGAAUGCCAUUUCAGUAUUUCUAUUAAUCAAAUUUCACUGGAAACGCGAGAAACGGAAGACACUUUUGUAAAAGAAAAUUAUAUUUCAGAUUUUCGUGCAAUGAUAAGUUCACAAAUCAACUCUUUUCAAUUGAUCAACUGUCAUCAUCCCAUGAAUUCCUCUAAUCAUAGUGAAGCACAAAAAGUAUGCAGCAAAUACGUACCUCACAUUGUCCAACUUUACCCGAACGUAACUAGUGAUUGGCUAAACAUGCUUUUGAAAGCAGAAAAUGGCCUAAAUAGUAUACGAACAGUUAACAUCUCCAGCUGUACGUUUAGAAGCCAAUCUCAAAAACAACAUAAUUGUCUUAAAAACAUAAGCUCCUGCAAACACUGCUUGGGUGACAGGGAUACAAGUGUCCAGCGACCAACAUCAAUAAAAGCAAAUUUAAACACCUUUAAUUGUGAAUCUGGUGGGAUCGCAUUUCAGUGUAUUAAAUUUGCAACACGUUCACUAAAUUGUAAAGCCAAUUCUCAUUUACAGCAAUGUGAGCGCUUUACAUGUCCUCCUAAUUUCGUAAAAUGUUAUAACUCUUUCUGCAUUCAACCUGACAUGAUAAAUGACAAUGUCAAAGAUUGUCCUCAUGGAGAAGAUGAAAUAGUCCUGCCAAAAAACGACACCGUGCAAUGUUUUGGGAAUGUCACAGCCUAUGUAAAAGAUCUUUGUCUUAGCAAUCUUUAUCCCCAUAAAAUACCAAGUAAACAAUAUCAUUGCUCCACUGCUUGUCCCGAGAAUUAUACUUGCUUUUCGAACAGACGAUUAGUUAACAGCACAAUGUCAAUAGACAUUUACACAUUUCGUUUCCCAGUCUAUGUCAGUUCUGACUUGUAUUUCUCAGAAAUGAUUUCAGCUUAUUUUCCAAUUCUACAUACCGUUUCUAUUUCUGUUCAAAACUGUAAAAUAGAUAAUUUCGACUCGACGUUUAAAAAUUGGAGGCUUUCAAAUCUACAGGAAUUAGAUUUAAGUUUCAAUGACUUUAAAAGUAGUAACGAUAUGAGCUUGUUUCACGAUAUGAUCAAAUUAACUUUUUUAAAUCUUUCAAAUAAUCCAAGGCUGGGAAUAAAUCAAAAUUUCACAUUUCCAGAAAGUUUGGAAACCCUCGAUCUCUCUCACACUUUAUUUAAGUCCAUUAGAGUGAAUAUGUUUCUUAAUUUAAAACGACUAAAAUAUCUAGAUUUAAGCAGCACAAGAGUUGUAACAUUUAGAGACUUGGGAAUACCGAAGUUUUACAAGCUAGACACCUUGUAUUUGAAAAAUGUCACAAUCUCUCAAAUACGCAAAGAUUUUUUUAAAGGGCUGACCAUUCGGACUGGAUUGUGGACGAGUGACUUUACAUUAUGUUGUCCUCAAAUUUUAAAUGCAAAUAUAUCUGUGGACAAAUGCCAUGGACCCGCUGACGCCAUCUCCUCGUGCAAUCAUCUCAUUGGGGACGUGUUUAAGAGAUUGGUCAUUUGGAUUGUCGGUAUCAUAACAAUAGUAGGUAACGGGAUCGUAUUAAUCUACAGAUUCGUGUGGAAUCGAGAGGUAUUUAAGAAAGCUUAUGGUCUUUUUGUCACAGGUCUUGCAUUUUCGGAUUUCGUUAUGGGGAUAUAUUUGAUGAUUAUUGCAAGCGUUGACAUUGACUAUAAAGAUAUGUAUGUCUUGGAAGAGAAACACUGGAGAAAUGGGACGUUGUGUCAGAUCUCUGGGUUUUUAUCAACUCUCUCCAGCGAAACAUCAACUUUCUUUAUUUGUUUGAUCACUUUAGAUCGUUACUUGAGCAUCAAUUAUCCGUUUGGUGAAUAUAAAUUAACAAAAACGUGGACUCGUAUACUAUUUAUAUUAGCUUGGUCAGUGGGCAUUGUCCUGGCAGCUGUUCCUUUAGUCAUUUCAAGUUGGAAAAUUUAUUCCACUAACGGUCUGUGUUUGGCUCUUCCUUUUAGUUCUAUUCGUUUCAGCGGCUGGGAGUUUACGUUUGUCGUUUAUGUUGGAGUUAAUUUUGUUUUAUUUUUACUUAUCGCCUUUGGUCAAGUGGCCAUCUUUGUCAACAUAACUCGCAGAAAGCAGUCUAUGCCGAGCUUAAAAAAAUGUCCCAAAAGAAGAUUAGAAGAUUUAGCUGUUGCCAGGAAGCUUGCUUUUGUUGCUAUGUCUGAUUUUCUGUGCUGGUUCCCUAUCGGAAUAAUUGGAAUCUUUUCAAUGAAAGGACACACAUUUGACCGCGAUGUUUACGCUUGGUUUGCGGUGUUUGUCUUACCCAUAAAUUCAGCGUUAAAUCCCGUCAUCUAUACCAUCCCUACUGUAUAUGCCAAAUGUAAACCCAAACAGCAAAAUAGUACAGAAACAAAUUCAAGUCAAUUAUGAUUAUCGAUACUAUACAGCAGUCCCACCCACUAUUUGUAUUAAUAAAGUCGACUCAUCUUUUCUUCUUAGAAAAGGUAAAUGCAAGGGAGGGAUGGGGUUGAUAUAUUGCUAGGAUGAGUUGUCGAAUCAAAGAUCGCAUGUUUCAUGCCCUGGCCAAGACGCACAUUAUUUCGCUAUAUUACACUCAAUAGUUUAUGUCAUUAAAAAUUGUGUUCAUUUACGCAUCUACUAUUGCUUCUUCACUUUUUAUUCAAGAAUGUUUUGACCAGCAUUUGUAAUUAGAUAACU